GAAUAAGCAUAAAAGACGUUGUAACGUAAGGAUGCGCGACACAAAUCGAGCAACUGUGCAAAAACACCUAAAGCCACGAAGCUAUAGAUAUUGACAAGUGGAUCAGUCAAAGGCGACGUGGCUUGAUUUCUUUUAUAUAAAUCCACUCCUCGCAUCAUCAUCAUCUCUAGCUAUAUAUAAAAAAAAACCAUGAGCAUCGUCGUUACUAUCAUCUUGUUUGCUAUUCUCGCGGUGAGCCUUGACGCUGGAAGAGAAAAAACCAUGGACCCAUGUCUCGAGUCGGUGAAGACCGCUUCACUGCCUGACCUUCCUUACGCUUACGAUGCGCUAGAGCCAGCAAUCAGCGAGGAGAUCAUGAGGUUGCACCACCAGAAACACCACCAGGCUUACGUCACUCAGUACAACAAAGCUCUCACCAGUCUCCGCUCCGCCAUGGCCGAUGGUGAUCACUCCUCCGUCGUCAAACUCCAAAGCCUCAUCAAGUUCAACGGCGGAGGUCACGUUAACCACGCUAUCUUCUGGAAGAACCUAGCCCCUGUUCAUGAAGGAGGUGGUAAGCCACCGCAAGAUCCUUUGUCUUCGGCGAUCGAUGCUCAUUUCGGAUCCUUAGAGGGACUGAUGCAGAAGAUGAGCGCUGAAGGCGCUGCUGUGCAGGGAUCUGGAUGGGUGUGGUUUGGAUUAGACAAAGAGUUAAAGAGACUCGUCGUUGAGACCACAUCCAAUCAGGAUCCAUUGGUGACUAAAGGAUCACACCUGGUUCCUCUAAUCGGGAUUGACGUAUGGGAGCACGCCUACUAUCCACAGUACAAGAAUGCAAGAGCGGAGUACUUGAAGAACAUAUGGAGUGUGAUCAACUGGAAAUAUGCCGCGGACAUAUUCGAGAAGCACAAUCGAGAUCUAAACGAGUUCUAGGGAAACAUAAAAUAUAAAUGUAUAUACAGUAUAUGGAUAGUGUUGGUGGCGUUCUUUAUUUUCUUUAUAAUAGAACAGAAUGUUCGAAGGUUUGAGUAAUAAUAAGCUUGGAAAUGUCAUGAACGAGUUGUAGGGAAACAUAAUAUAUGAAUGUAUAUGCAGUAUGUGGAUAGUGUUGGAAAUGUCAUGUGUACCAUGGAAUAAAUUAUAAAAUUGUGCCGUGUGAAUAUGAAUGUUAACUAAAUCUUAUAGGCAACGAA